CUACAGGUGAAUGAAUUCAGGAAAACCAGGAAACAGUCAAAGUUAAAUGCUAGGCAUAUAUACGGGCAAUCAGCUCACUGAGCUCAGGGCAGGGUUAAGGUGCUAAGUUUCUUUCGAAAGACUAGUAUCACAUAUUCACUACAGCUGGUAGAGAAUGGAUGAAAACUGAAGCUUUAGUGAGAUUUAGGGCAGUCGGCGCGCACCUUCGGGGUCACAUUAUGUGACCCGAAUUAACGUGUUCAGAUGAGAAAUUCCAGCUUUAUUAGUUAGUGAUGGAUAUCCCUCAAUACUGCUUGAUCUGCAUCCGCAGACUCUGCCCGUGUCUGAUCAAACCUUCGGCGGACGCAGAACCUCCUGCGCAGAAGAUCGAGCCGUCUGCGCCGAACUUCACCCGGCCGCUGCCCCCCUUGCCGGAGGAACACCGCUUCUAUGUCGCCCUGUACGACUAUACAGCCCGCACGGACGACGACCUGAGCGUCAGGGCCGGCGACAACCUGGAAGUGCUGCAUAAACACACGGAGGAGUGGUGGAUCGUCAGGGCGCUGACCGGCAUAUCGGCCAGUAAGGAGGGAUACGUGCCGUCAAAUUACUUGGCGGCCCAGGAAAGUGUAUAUGCGGAGCCGUGGUAUUUUCCGGAUACCAAGAGGGCAGAUGCAGAGAAGUUGCUAUUGUGUGACAGAAAUGUUCAUGGCGCCUUCCUUAUCAGAGAACGUGAAAGUCAGAGAGGAGAGCUGUCACUGUCAGUGCUGGACGAUGGGAAGGUGAAACACUACAAAGUGCUAAGAAGCACCGACGGAGAAUACUACAUAUCGAAGAGCCACACAUUUAGGACUCUUAAGGAUCUCGUGAGGCACUACUCCAUAGAUGCUGGCGGCCUUUGCGUGCGUCUCACCGUGCCAUGCAAGAAGCUGCAAGCCCCGCAGACCCACGGGCUCUCCUACAACACAGUGGAUAAGUGGGAGAUCGACCGCAAAUUGAUCAAGCUCAUAAGGAAGCUGGGGAAUGGUCAGUAUGGUGAGGUCCACGAAGGUCUUUGGAACAACACCACCCCAGUGGCAGUCAAAACUCCCAAACCAGGUACCAUGGACCCCAAGGACUUCCUCCAAGAGGCCGCCAUAAUGAAGAAGCUGCGACAUCCCAAACUGAUCCAGCUCUAUGCCGUCUGCACGCUGGAGGAGCCCAUUUACAUCAUCACUGAGCUGAUGAAGAACGGGAGCCUGCUGGAAUAUUUACGGGAUGACGAAAGGGAUAAAAUUACCCUUUCAGAGCAGAUUGAAAUGGCUGCCCAGGUCGCUUCUGGGAUGGCCUAUCUCGAGCAACAGAACUACAUUCAUAGAGAUUUGGCAGCCAGGAAUGUACUGGUGGGAGAGAAUAACAUCUGCAAGGUGGCUGACUUCGGCCUGACUAGAGUCUUCCUGGAUGAGAAUUAUUACGAAGCAAAUGAGAAUUGCAAGUUCCCGGUCAAAUGGACGGCGCCUGAAGCGAUCCAUUUCAAAAAGUUCAGCAUUAAAUCUGAUGUAUGGUCCUUUGGAGUCCUUCUGCAUGAAAUCAUGACCUUUGGGCAGAUUCCCUAUCCAGAAAUGAGCAACAUGGAGGUGGUGCAGCAGCUCUCCAAAGGUUACAGAAUGUUCUGCCCGGCCUCGUGUCCGAAAGGCCUGUAUGAUAUCAUGAGGGACUGCUGGAAGGACGAGGCGUGCGACAGGCCCACCUUCGAGACACUGCUGUGGGAGCUAGAGGGCUUUUUUGAUAUGGACCCAACAUCUUAUUCCUAAAUCUGUGGAAGAAGCAAGUCGGUAAUGGAAACGAAUGCAUCUUUAUUUUUACUACGGGUCUCAACCAAUAACGAUAAUUACACAGGUUGACCUUAGAUUUCAAAUUUUUAACAGGAUGAAAUAUCACAAUAUGUGAAGUGCAAUAUUCUGGUUAUUCCCCUGCAUUUGUUUCCCAGAGAAUUUAUUAUGUAAACCUAUUUUUUCAAGAAUAUAUAUUUUUUCCCUCCAAAUGUUCUGUUUAUUAAAAGGAAAAUAUUCAAAAUCUCAUUUAUUUAACAACAUUUGAACAGUGGUGCAUGUUGAUUGUAGAAUGAUGUAUAGUGGAUUUGUUACUAACAUUGUACUGUGAAUUCAUUUUUUGUUUCUUUUUCACUUUCUUUAAAAUUAAUUUUAUAAUGCUUAUACCUGUAAUUGUAAUCUUGCGGGUUUCUUUUUUUAAUAUGUAAAAUUACGAUAUCUACUAAGAAUUUGUUGUGUUUUUGUUUGUGUACUACAUUCCUGUAAAGGCAUUGCCUUCGCGCUCAGAAAAUGCUGAAAAAAAGUGCAUGCAGUUUGCCGCAUUAACCACCUGAUGGAGCCACAGCACGUUCCCUGACGGCAAUUGGCUGAAGAACCGGCUGCUGACAAAACAUGAAGCGGAGACCGCAUGUUUCACACGCGCUCUUCCGCAUGUUUCACACGCGCUCUUACGCAUGUUGUCACCGCUGCAGCUUCUGCCAACAUACAGCUAAUUGAAAGCACACAGCUCCAAUUUAACUGUUGUAAAACUUGCAGUAGAUUUAUUUUCUUCAUGCGGAUUUUUAAAACUCAUUGGCAUGGGACGUACAUAACGUAUUACAUUUUGUGCUGUACAGACAUGGGAGAGGAAGGGAAUUUUCCUUUUCCAUAAUAUUCCAGCAAGGGCACUUACUAAAUCUCCCGUGUAACAGCUAAACUCUGGGCUUGUCCCGCUUAUUCCUGGAGCCGCAGCCUGCGCUGUAUAUCAGUCUGGCUUAAUGAACUCUACCAAUCAAAGGCUUACUGAAAAUCCCCAACAUUCCCUUGGCUUUUAUAUCGGCUUCAAAAUAAUAUCCAUUGCGUAUUUCCUACGUGGCAUUUAUGCACUGCAUCAUAAAAACUGACUACUACACUAUCUGCUCUCCUAGGCAAGUGGAUUACGCUUUAUUUACUUUGUGUUACAAAGCAACAGGAAUAUGAUUCUCCAUCCAUCCAUCUAUGCUCACUUGUCCUGAGCAUCGUUGGAGACUCUCAUACUCUGGGCCAGUAAUGCGGAGGAAAGAGCGAAUCCAUAUAUAUACCGUUAACUUAAUGAUUAUUAAGUCCAAAGUAAUAAGUCUUUAUCAAGACAAAAGGGAAAAUAUCUAAAUGCGUCAUUUUGCUAAUGUCCUGUAUCUGUUUAAUAUGUAUUAAAUGGACAGAAAUGGCAUAUUA